AUGUCUACGGCGGAAGAACAGCAAAUAUCCAUCGACGACGUUUCGGAAGAAUUACUGGGCCACAAACGCGACUUUGACGAAAAAAUGGCCGAGGUCACGACAUUGGCGGGGGCCGAAGCCUUGCGACGAGAAUAUCUCGGUAAAAAGGGGCCCAUCAACAAGGUCAUGGGGUACAUGAGAGUCCUCAGCAAUGAAGAUAAACCCAAGUUGGGGGCCGUCGUCAACGAAGUCAAAUCACAGGUCGAAGCCACCGUGGCAGAACGCAUGCAGAAAUUGGAAUUUGCCGAUAUCGAAGAACAGAUGAAACUGGAACGAAUCGAUGUCACCAAACCGGGUCUCAUAAACUCGCAAGAUAUCGGAAGACGUCAUCCACUCGGCAUGACCCUGGAAAAGGCACUCGAUAUAUUUACCAAACUAGGAUACGAUACCGUCACGGGAUGCAAAGACUCGCCCGAAAUUGAAACCGAUUAUUACUGCUUUGAAGCACUCAAUUGUCCCAAAGAUCAUCCCGCUCGAGAUAUGCAAGAUACCUUUUAUCUGACCAAGGAUCUCGAGUACAUGUUGCGCACACACACAUCCGCCGUGCAGAUUCGACAACUCGAAAAACGCAAACCACCCCUACGCAUUGUGGCACCGGGACGGGUCUACCGAAAAGACGACAUUGAUGCCACCCAUUCGCUCAUGUUUCAUCAGGUCGAAAUACUCGCACUCGAAAAGCGAGGAGAACUCGAUUUGGGACAUCUCAAAGGAACGGUAGAACACUUUUUGAAAGGCAUGUUUGGACCCAACAUUCAAGUACGAUUCCGAGGAUCCUUCUUCCCCUUUACCGAACCCAGUAUGGAAGUCGACGUCUUUUUUCGAGGAAGAUGGCUCGAAGUGCUGGGAUGUGGCAUGGUCGAUCCACGAGUAUUGGAAAUGGCGGGCAUUGACCCGGAAGUGUACAGCGGGUUUGCGGCGGGUUUUGGACUCGAACGAUUUGCCAUGGUGAUGCAUCAAAUCACAGACUUGAGAGAAUUCACAAAGAAUGAUGUGCGCUUUGUCAAACAAUUCCCGCAUUUCUACGAUGAUGGUCUCGAAGCGUUCUUGGAGGGCAAGGUGGACAAUACGCCAGUAGUGGAUCCUCGAGGUGAGACGGUCCCACAACCAUUUGUCGACAGUUUGGAAGAGCUCAAAGAAAGAGGGGAUGUAAAUGAAGCGCCAGCGGCUGAAGAAACACCAAAAAGGAAGAAGAAAGCACCUGCACCAGCGGCAGAAAUUGAUGUUUCCAAAUUGGAUAUUCGUGUAGGUAUCAUCCAAAAGGCAUGGGAACACCCCGAAGCAGACAAACUGUUCUGCGAGGAGAUUGAUUUGGGUGAAGAAGGAGGACCACGUCAAAUCGCAUCUGGCCUCAAGGCUCAUUACAACGUGGAAGAUCUAGAAGGACGCAAAGUCCUCGUAUUAGCCAAUCUCAAAGCUCGAAAGCUUGUCGGGUUCCCCAGUCACGGAAUGGUGUUGUGCGCUGUCAAUGAUGAUGGAAAGGUUGUCUUUGUUGAUCCUCCUGAAGGAGCCGAGGUGGGAGAGAGAGUCAUGGUGGCAGGCUUUGAUGGCGAACCUGCCACGGAGAAUCAGGUCAUCAAGAAGAAGAUGCUCGAUGCCAUCUUUCCAGACUUAAAAACCAAUGAUGAGGGUGUUGCUACUUAUCGUGGCACUCCCAUCACUACCAGUGCCGGACCUUGUAAGUCAGAGCUGUCGAAUGCCAGUAUAUCCUAA